ACAGUGGAGAGACCCUUCUGCAAGAAAAUGCAGCCGCUGAGGCUAUAAAUACAUACUAGCUAGUAUUAUCAGUUUAUCACAAGCUGAGGCUAUAAAUGCAUAUUAUUGCAAGUGAAUCUUUUCCUUCAUUCUGUGGGUAUAUUUUUUUUAUAAAGACAAUAAAGAUUGGUAGAGGUAGAAAAAUAAAAGUUACGUUUUUGGGUGGGUUCGAGAGGCACCAAGAAUGGGAAGGGGUAGGGUUGAGCUGAAGAGAAUAGAGAACAAGAUCAAUAGGCAAGUGACUUUUGCUAAGAGAAGGAAUGGUCUGCUGAAAAAAGCUUAUGAACUCUCUGUUCUUUGUGAUGCUGAGGUUGCUCUCAUCAUCUUCUCCAAUAGGGGAAAGCUCUACGAGUUCUGCAGUAGCUCUAGCAUGCUCAAGACAUUAGAGAGGUACCAGAAGUGUAACUAUGGAGCUCCAGAAACAAAUAUAUCGUCAAGGGAGGCUCUGGAGAUUAGUAGUCAGCAUGAGUAUCUAAAACUGAAAGCAAGAUAUGAAGCUUUGCAGAGAUCACAAAGGAAUCUUCUAGGGGAAGAUCUUGGCCCUUUGAACAGCAAGGAUCUUGAAUCUCUUGAGAGGCAGCUUGAUAUGUCACUGAAGCAUAUCAGAUCAACUAGGACUCAACUGAUGUUAGAUCAACUAACAGAACUGCAGAGGAAGGAACAUGCCCUAAAUGAAGCAAACAAGAGCUUGAAACAAAGGUUGAUGGAAGGAAACCAUCUAAAUAUGCAUUGGAAUCCAAAUGCAGCACAAGAAAUGGGAGGGUAUGGACGCCAAACAACACAUGCUCCACAGGGUGAUGUCUUCUUUCAUCCCCUGGAGUGUGAGCCAACAUUACAGAUUGGGUACCCAACUGAUCCAGUAACAGUAGGAGCAGCAGGUCCUACUUUGAAUAACUAUAUGCCUGGGUGGUUUCCAUGACUGUAUGAAUAUAUAUAUUUAUAUAUAUAAUGCUGCUUCAUGAUUUGAAGUUUCAUAUCGACCAGAUGCUUCUGAAAAAUCAACUGAAUGGUGCCCUUUUGUAAGUUUGACGAUAAAAAGGGCAUAACUGUCUUUCUGCAUCUCUGCAUAACUGUGUUGUAAAAAAGUGCCUUUUGUUUCUCUGCUUUAAUGUUUAAUAAUUUGAAUGUGAGUUUAAUGCACAAGAUGCUUACUUCUGUUCGAAUAUUCCAAUUCCCCAAAAUAUUUUAGAAUUUGUUUGGUAACACCAUAAUUGGCUGAAUUGGCUGAUUCUACUGAAAUGAAGUUGUAGCUAAA